CAUCAUUGGUGUCAGUGGGAGGAAUUGUGCCCCAUCAUUGGUGUCAGUGGGAGGAAUAGUGCCCCAUCAUUGGUGUCAGUGGGAGGAAUAGUGCCCCAUCAUUGGUAUCAGGGAGGCAUGGGACAGCAUCAGGUCAGCGGCACAGGAGUAGUGCCCCGCAUUGGGACAGGUGGGGGCAGUAGUGGGACCAUCUUUAGUGCAGUGGGACAGGAAGUGUCCCACAGUGGUAUCAGUGGGGGCAGUGGGACCGAAGUAAUGCAGUGGGAGGAAGGUAGGGGCUGUCCCAUCAUUGGUGUCAGUGGGACAAUAGCGGGCAGUGGGUCAGUGAGGAGCGCAAAAGUGACAGGUCAGGGGUGUCAGUUGACAGGAGGAGCGCAGUGGGACAGGUGAGGGGCAGUGGGACAGGAGAAGGAGCACAGAGGGACAGGAGGAGGCAGUAGGAGAGGAGGAGGGCAGUAGGA